AAAGCAGGGGGAGACAAAGGGGAAGUGGGGUAAUAUUUAAGUACGAGCCAGAAGGGCUGGGAAACGCAGUCUGAAGUGGCAGAGGACACCUAAAGAGAUCAAGCAAAAAGAAAGAAUGAAAGAAGGAAGCAAAAUGAACGUGGCUCAAGUAAGCGGAUUCCUGGCUGUCAGCUUCCUCCUCCUCGCUCUGCUAGGAGAUACCACUGAGGCCUGCUCCUGCGCCCCCCGGCACCCCCAGUCGGCAUUCUGCUCUGCUGAUAUCGUGCUCAGGGUCAGAUUUGUGGCUGUGAACAAGAUGGAGGGGAACCUCUCAGAAAGAAGGUGGAUGUACCAUGAGAUCAAAACCACAAAGGUCUACAAAGGUCCCAAGGAGAUGCAAGAUGUCCGCUAUGUCUACACCCCACCCUUUGAUAGCGUGUGUGGAUACUUCCACAGUGGAUCUCUCAAAGAAGAAUACCUCAUUACAGGGAGACUGAAAGGCAACAGAGUCGUGAUCACACUCUGUAAUUUCAUUCGACCAUGGGCUGAGAUAAGUCUUGCGCAGAGGCGAGGCUUUACCUCAGAGUACAGCAAGGGCUGCUCUUGCUCAAUUGUGGACUACUCUACCACCUCUAGCAAUGAGUGCCAUUGGAUGGAACCGUAUAGUUCCACAAAUCAGAAUGACAUGGCCUGCCUACCCCAGAUGGAAAGAAAUGGCACAUGCCACUGGCAAUCCUUGGACACAAAAGGAUCCGGGUCCAUUCGUAAGAAGCGACUGGCUCACUUGCUCCUCUUCACUCUGGUUGGAGAUACCACUGAGGCCUGCAAAUGUGCCUCCGAGCACCCCCAGGAAGCAUUCUGCUCCUAUGAUGUCGUGCAUGCUCUCACACUCCCUGCUCAGUCUGUAAACAGCCACUUCUUUGACUGUCUUGUGGUCUACAAAGGUCCUGAAGAGGCGCAAGAUGUCCACUAUGUCGGCACUCAAACAAUUCCUGGCCUAUGUGAAUACCACUACCAAGUAGACCACACAGAUGAAUACAUCAUUGCAGGGGAGCUGGACGGUGACACAGUCUGGCUCAGUGUCUGCGCUUUCCUCAAACGAUGGUCCAGGGUAACCCCUGAGCAGAGGCGAGGCUUUACCUCAGAGUACAGCAAGGGCUGCUCUUGCUCGAUUGUGUGGGGCCAUUCAGAAGGCUCCAUCAGCUCCAAUGAGUGCGUGUGGACAUAUCAACGCUUGCCAACAAAUUUGCGUGAUUUCCAGUAUAAACACAUGGUCUGCCUGCCCCAGGUUGAAAAAGGUGGCAUGUGCACCUGGAAAUCCUUGGGUACCCUAGAGCCUGGAUCCUUUCAUACCACUGAGGCCUGCAAAUGUGCCUCCGAGCACCCCCACGAAGCAUUCUGCUCCUAUGAUGUCGCCAUGAAAAGUCACUGGCUGACCUUUGAGGAAGUCACACUCUCUCGGUUUCUGAAGAAGACAAAUUCUGCAAAGAAAUACCCCAUCAAAUGUGCUUCUCAGGGUUACCGAAAAAGGGCUGGGAGACGCAGUCUGAAGUGGCAGAAGACGCUGAAAGAGACUGACAGAGAUCAAGAAAAAAGGAAAAUGAACAUGGCUAAAGUAAACGGAUUCCUGGCUGCCAGCUUCCUCCUCCUCGCUCUGCUAGGAGAUACCACUGAGGCCUGCUCCUGCGCCCCCCGGCACCCCCAGUCGGCAUUCUGCUCCGCUGAUAUUGUGCUCAGGGCCAAAUUUGUGGCUGUCAACAAGAUGGAUGGGAACUUCUCAGAAAGAAGGUGGAUGUACCAUGAGAUCAAAACCACCAAGGUCUACAAAGGUCCCAAGGAGAUGCAAGAUGUCCGCUAUGUCCACACUCCAUCCAUUGAUGGUGCAUGUGGUUACUUCCACAGUGGACCUCUCAAAGAAGAAUAUCUCAUUACAGGGAGACUGGACGGCGACAAAGUCUUCAUCAGAAUCUGUGAUUUCAUCAGACCAUGGGCUGAGAUAACUCUUGCACAGAGGCGAGGCUUUACCUCAGAAUACAGCAAGGGCUGCUCUUGCUCAAUUGUGAGCUGCCAUUCAGAAUGCUCCAUUACCUCUGAUAAUCAGUGUCUGUGGACGGAUUUACUCAGAUCCCAGAAUCAGAGUUAUUUCCAAGACAAACACUUGGCCUGCCUGCCCCGGAUUGAAAAAAAUGGCAUGUGUACUUGGAAAUCCCUGGGCACCCAAAGGUCUGGAUCCUUUCGUAAGAGGCGGCUGACAGUAAUAUCUUCAUGAACUCUCAUGGAGCUAGUGCUCCAUGCCACUAACCCCUCCCUGACUCUUCUCUCUGUGUUGAUUGUUAUUAAAUAAAUGGUGGUUCCAAACCCA